CCUCCCAUGACUACAACCCCAUCUCUCUCUCACCACACAUUCUCUCUCUUCAAGCAUACGCGCCCAUACGUAUAUGUAUGUAUAUAGGCGCGUAUAUGCUCCCCUGUUUCUCUCUCCGGACGAGACGAAGAAGAGGAACAAGAGAAAGAGAAGAUGGGCCGAGGAGUGAGUGCAGGUGGAGGCCAGAGCUCUCUGGGAUAUCUCUUUGGAUCCGGUGAAGCUCCUUCCCAGCCACCACCCGCCGCCACCGCCCCCCCAGCCAGUGUCAAUUCAGAGGCAAAGGAGAAGCAGAUCCCGGCAGGUGUGAGGGGAAGCCCCAACAACUACGUCCGAUCAGAAGGGCAAAACUGUGGCAACUUCCUCACGGACCGACCAUCUACCAAGGUUCAUGCGGCUCCUGGCGGUGGAUCUUCCCUUGGUUACCUCUUCGGAGGCGCUUCCUCACCUGGAAAAUGAAUUUCCCCCCCUGCAAUUCUAUCGAUUAAAUGUAAAUCAUCAUCAAGAAUUGUCCUUUUUUUUUUCUGGGUUGAAUCGUUAACCUCGUCUCUUUUGAAUUUC